AUGAGCGCCUCAUCAAGGGCGGCUCGCCUGGCGACCCGCGGCAACCUAGGGGUUGCUUCGCGCCACAUCUCGCGCAGUGUUCAGCCUGCUCUCCUGUCCCGGCACAUUCUGCGCCAGUCACAAAUCCCCGCGCUGGCGCUGCUCGUUCCCGCCCGCUACAUCGGUACCGAACAUCACCGAUCCGAUGCCUCGGCCGGCCCGCCUCCUGGCUUCAAUGCCGAGCAGGCUAAGAAACCUCUCGCUAAGGAGGCGGCUGCUCCCACGAAGACGGCUGCAAAGGACAAGUCUGCGUCCGAGGCUGGCUUGUCAAAAGACGAAGCUAAGAUGGAGGAGCUGAUGGCUAAGUCAGACGAGCAUGCGCAGCAAAAGGAGUUGCUGAAGAAGGAAAAAGAAGAAAAGAAGCUCACCCUCUGGCAAAAGGUUAAGAAGGAAGCUCGUCACUACUGGGAUGGCAGUAAGCUGCUGGCAGCUGAAAUCAAGAUCAGUUGGAGAUUGGCACUCAAGAUGGCAGCGGGGUACGAGCUGACCCGCAGAGAGCACAGGCAGCUUCAGCGAACUGUCAAAGAUUUGGGACGUCUUGUGCCGUUUUCCGUUUUUAUUAUCGUGCCGCUGGGUGAAGCCCUUCUUCCACUUGCUCUCAAGCUGUUCCCCAACAUGCUGCCUAGCACAUUCGAGGGGCAAAAGUCCAAGGAGGCCAAAGCCACUCUCCUUCGAAGCACAAGGAAAGAGGUCAGCAGUUUUCUGCGCCAGACACUUAAGGAGACUGGCUUGCCCCUCACUGCUGCCGCGGCACAAAAGGAAGAAUUUGCCAACUUCUUCCGCAAGGUCCGAUCCACCGGUGAGGCGCCCACCAACGAGGACGUCAUCAAGGUCUGCCAGGUCUUCCGUGAUGACCUGACGCUCGACAACCUAUCGCGCCCCCAGCUCGUUUCCAUGUGCCGCUACAUGACCCUCAAUACCUUCGGUACCGACAUGAUGCUCCGUUACCAGAUUCGUCACCGCAUGAAGCAGAUUAAGAGAGAUGAUCGUGCCAUCAGCUUUGAGGGCGUUGACAGCCUGACCGUUGCCGAGCUGCAGAUGGCCUGCGCUGCUCGUGGCAUCCGCACCCAUAGCGUCUCGCCCGCUCGCAUGCGCAGCGAUAUGCAGACUUGGCUCGAUCUGCGUCUCAAGGAGCGCGUUCCCUCCACGCUCCUUGUCCUGAGCAAUGCCUAUAUGUACGGCCAGGGAUCUGGCGAGGGUGGCAGCCAGAUUGAGGCGCUUAUUGGUGUCCUUUCCUCCAUUCCCGAGGAGCUGUACCACGAGAUCGAGCUUGAGGUCCACAACGCCGAGGGCGCUGCUACCAAUAAGCAACGUCUCGAGGUCAUCCGCGAGCAACAAGAUCUGAUUGAGGACGAGAAUGAGCAGAACGAGGAGAGCCAGAGCACCGGCAUGGCCACGCCUCGCGAUGUUGAAGACAUUGACGAGAAGGAGGAGCGCGAGCAGCAUGCCCAAGAGGCUGGUGCGGGUAAGAAGCAAGCUGGCGAGAUGGUCGAUGCUGAGCAGGACCAGGCACAGGUUGCGAAGGAAGAGGUCAAGGCUGCUCCGCCCAGCGAACAAAAAUAA